CCACAAAAUGAACUUAGGCCUACCAAAGCUCUUGGAUCAUGACCCAGAAUCGGGUCCACCGAGUCCAUUCCUUACCCGGGUUUGGAGCUGUCCGAGUUUCCCCCAUUUCCAUCAUCCACCGCAUCCCCAAUUCUGCAGGACUGAAAACCUAAAUUUCUCUCUCGCCCCCUCAUUCUCUCCCUAAGCAAUUAUUCAUCAACACCGCGUAUCACACAAUUGGGUUUCUCUUUUGCUGACUGAGGACUAACGAUUGCAAACUGGGAAAGAGUAGUUACUGAAUUGGGGCAUGAGCUGAUGCUAUGAGUAGGCUAUCAUUUAGGCCUCGACCUCUUGACAUCCACAAGAAGCUGCCCAUUGUAAAAUCUGUUAAGGAAUUCGAGGAUGAUGAGGUCCCGACUUCUACUCGUAACUCUCAGAUGCUCCGAAUUGCCUCAGAGGCCGAUAAUGAGGUACAACAAACUCCUAGCAAAAGAAUUGCUUCAGAAAUACCCACUCCUGAGUUCGUGGUAGUGGAUACAUAUGAAAGAGACUAUUCUCGUACUUUCAGUCAACCAACAUCAUAUCUUCGUGCAAGGGGAGCCCGGGCUGAGAUUGGAGAAUUUGUUGAGUACGAUCUUGACAAUGAGGAUGAAGAUUGGCUUCGAGAGUUCAAUAAGGAAGGAAAAACUCUUGCUUCUGAGAAGCUUGAGACAAUUCUGUUUAAAUUGGAGGUAUUAGAUCACAAGGCUCGGGAAAGGGCUGGAUUUGUUGCUCCAACACUUGGCUCAUCGAUUCCUGUGAUUUUAACCUUCGAUGCUGCUGUUGAGGCCUUGCAAGCUCUUUCCAUCAAAUAUGGGGUUUUCCAAUCUAUCUAUAGUUACUGGAAGGAAAAGCGGGAACGGUGGCAAAAACCAAUCCUUCGGCGUUUGCAGCCUCCCCCACCGGUCAAUGAUACCAAUCCGUACAAUGUAUUCAGGCCAAGGGAGAAAGCUCAUAAGCUUCACACUAGGAGAAUGCAAAGGAGGGAAAACAAUGUGCAGUCCUUUGAAAAGCUUCGUCAGGUGAGGCGCAACCUCGAUCAGGCGAAAACCAUUAUUGAGGCUCUGAUCAAGAGGGAAGAGAAAAAACGAGACCUUGUGGAGAGUGAGGUUAGCCUUCAAAGAAUUCAGAUGAAGUACAAGCAUGAAACUGAGCUCCUAGAAGAUAGCUUGGCACUUCCUGGACUGCCUUCCUUCCCCAGCAAGCUUGUUUCAAGCGAAGAUGAGUUUGUCGAUUCUGAUGACGUGGCAAAUAGCCGCCCAACCCCUCGACCUGCUUUGGCACAAAACCCACCUUUCGCAGAAACAAAGCAGGCGAUGGCUUCUUCAGGAAGCAUGAGACGAGAGGCCAGACGGCGUCAUGUUCCACAUAGUUGGCUUCGUAAACUGGAUCCAAAUGAACCAGUCUUGUUGUUCACUAAACCACUAGAUCCAGAUAAACUAGCAGCUUCAGGCAUUAUACCUCCAUCAGAUUUGUCAACCCCAAAUGGCACAUCUGCACGCUCGUUUCAUUACCGUGGAAGGAUUGGCCGAGGGGGCCGAAUAGUAUUUGACCGAUGGAAUCCUUUAACACAGACUCCAAUUGAGUGUGGUGAUACGUUAUAUGUACCACCAAAACCCCAGCAUUCAGCGCAUCAUUAAUUUCAUUGCCAUUUCGCAAGCUUUUUUCAAGAAUGAAGCCCUUCAGAUUAUUCCAUAGUCGUUUCUCUUUAAACUAAGGCGUGCUCAAGAAAAUUUCCAGUUAUGGAUGUGACAGAGAAAUGAAAGCUACUCACAGGUUUUGCUGAAUUUAAGUAAGCCCCAUUGUUAUUCAUCUGCCCUAGCACAAUUAUUUUUCUCCUGUCAGGGUAAACUCUGGAAAAAGCAGCUUACCGUCUUUGGUUGAUGGCUCAAGUUAAUCUGGAAGGCCACGUUAGUUGCUUUUACAUUGUAUCUCUACUGUAAAUGGGAUGAUAAAGGUGGUGUUGCAGGGUAAAAGUAUGGAAUUUUAGUGAAUCGAAUGCUGCAACUGAUGGUUUCUGUGUAAACGCAGGUCCUCCACUAUUUUAUUCUUGUUAAAUUGUGUACUUUUAUUUUCUUUCUUGCCCCCUCUUUCUAAUUGUAUUCAAUGAAUCGAAAUGGAUAACGUAGGUGAUUUUAAAUUUUGUGAGAUUGAA